GGCAACACGGAACUGUUGAGGGCGCCAACCUUGAGGAGUGCCUGGGUGCUUGCAGAUUACCUGCUUGUUGACCACCCAUGCUGAUUUAUUUGAGGAGAGACUGGAGACAUUUGUCACCUCACACUUUCCAAUGCAUUUGCUCCCCAGUAAUCACCUUCCUUAUGGUAAGAAGCCCAAUCUUUUAUUAGAAGUAGGUUUCUUGCACAAGACCUCCCAAUCCACUGUAACUAUGUACCCUAAAUUUACUGGGAUGUGACUGAAUCGAACCCCCAAAUGGUAUGAUGGGGGGUGCGUGUGUGUUGUUUCUAGAUCUGCUCAACUAUCCAUAGCUGACUCAAAUAGAAUAAACCCUUCAUCUUCACCUAUAAAUCUGGCAAUGACCUGUGCGGACAGCAUGCAUUACUCCUUUUGGAAAACAACAUUAGAGAAGUUAUUUAAGAACAUAAAAAUAGCUCUGUUCGAUCAAGGCCAGUGGUCUACCUAGCACAGACCUGUUCUCACAGUGGUCGGGAUCUGCAAUCAGGCUCUGAGCACAACAGCAACCUCAUGGUAUUAUGCAUCCUGCUUUUGAGCUUUCGAGUGUGUUCUGGCUGACCAUUGAUAAAGAACCAAUUUUUGGACUCCAUGGACACGUGGUCAAAUUCAUUUGAUAUGAAUCUAGCGUUAUGUCAGUCCCGCAUUCUCUAAGUGCGCUACAUGGGCUGGGGCAAGAGGAGGAGCGAGCUGCCCCCCUAAAUCAAUACAAAUCCGAGGUUCUGCCCCACCCCCCAACAAAAAUCCUGGCUACUCCCAUGGUGUGGUACUCCUGGCUAGUACUCAGAAAGAGGCACUCUUGUAUUUUUUCAAUUACACAGAGAAAAAACACACACACAAACACGAAUUAAACUCUGGGGAAAUGCAACUCCUGGUUAAAGGCACAAGUCUGACCCACUCGCUCCUUCGCCAAGAGAGGCACGCGGAAAAUACACGCCGAGCCGAGGGGCUUUCGCUUUAAGAGCCUCCCACUGGACUCUGGCUGGGGUACAACCUGGGUGUCGCUUAGCUUGGAAAGCGCUGAGGCAGCAGCCUCCGGAGGGGGAAGGGGACGGCCAGGGGCCUGUUGCAAGAACCAGCCUGGAAGGGACGAGAGGAAGCUCAGCAGCCCCCAGCAUGGAAGGCUUCCCCCAGGCUCCCCCCAAGGAAGCCUACCAUGCGGCAAUGGUGCUCUCUGGCGCAGGAGAUGCCCUCGGCUAUCGCAACCAGCGCUGGGAAUACUGCACCUCAGGGCCCCAGAUCCACCAGGAGCUCCAGGAGCUGGGGGGCCUCGGCAAAGUUCGGGCAGCCCUUCCUGACUGGCCUGUCAGCGACGACACUGUUCUGCACCUGGCGACUGCCGAGGCUCUGGCUACAGGGAAGGAAGGGGAGCCGCUUUUCCAGGAGCUGGCCAAACGCUAUGUUGAAGCCAUGAACGACAUGGAAGGGAGGAAGCCUGGGCCCACGAGCAUUCUGGGAACAUCUCAGUUGCGUCCAGGGGAACCAAACGGAUAUCGCAUUCCCUUCAACCCCGGUGCCACAGGUUGUGGUGCGGCCAUGAGAUCCAUGUGCAUUGGGCUCAGGUAUCCUCGCCCUUCAGACCUGAGCACUUUGGUCCAAGUCAGCAUAGAAAGUGGAAGAAUGACACACCACCACCCCACAGGCUAUCUGGGAGCUCUGGCCUCUGCUCUGUUCACUUCUUACGCAGUGCAAGGCCUCCCCCUUGAGCGCUGGGGAUCUGGAUUGCUCAGGACCCUGCCUCUUGCUUUAGAGUACAUUCAGACUGCUGCAGCUGAGAGUGACUCCAAUGUGGGGGCCUGGGCUUAUUUCCAGGAGAAAUGGGAGUGGUACCUCUCUGAGCGGGGCCUGGCCACGGGUCAGGGCCCUUGCCUGUUUCCAGCUGCCUAUAGUCCCGCUGAGCGUGAUGUCAUCUAUAAAACCUUCAGCCUGGACGGGUGGGCCGGACGGAGCGGUCACGAUGCCCCCAUGAUUGCGUAUGAUGCCUUGCUGGGCGCAGGGGAGAACUGGGAGGAGCUCUGUGGGCGUUCCAUGUUCCAUGGGGGGGAUAGUGACUCUACAGGGGUGAUUGCUGCCUGCUGCUGGGCUCUGGCUCAUGGUUUCAAAGGAGUCCCAGAAGAUAACCACAUAGCACUUGAAUACCGAGACAGGAUGGUGGCUGCAGCUGAUGCCCUCUAUCACCUUGCCUGGGGACAGACUCCUGUUUGAAAGACCUUUCUGCUGCCUAGCAUCUAAGGAUGCACUAAUCUGUUGAUUUUGGUUUUUUCUCAAAUCAUAAUUUCAGGUCUUCACAUUUCCACACUAAUUUAUGAUCUGUGCAUUGCACAGUCCUUGUGAAAAUUAAUCAAGUGUUUUAGCGAGAAUUUCACCUGAUAAUACAUUUGUAUGUCAUUUCCCCUAAUAGACGUACUGUAUUUUUCUGCAAAGCAAUUUCCCUUAUUGUAAUGUUGCUUUUCACUAACACCUGCAUUUGUAGGUACACUUUGCCAUAAUAUGUGCAUUCUUUUACAUGUUACUUGGUUGGAAAACUGCAUUGCAAAAUUUGGAGAAGCGCCAAUGUCCAAGGAUGGCUUUGUUUCAAUUUGCAUAUUGUUUUGGAAAGGGCAAAUUUGUUAACUUCACCUUGGAAUGUGAACUGAAUCUAAUUUCUGCUCCAUCUCUAACUAGCAUCCCAGGUCCCUGAGUGAGGCCCUCAACAUGAGUCGCAACAAGCUGAAAACUGUUCUUCACAGAAUAAACUGAGGCUGUUUUUGCA